GUCCCCCACCCACCCCAAAGUUAGAAAUUCUAGUUCCACCCCUAGCCAGCUUCCAUGCAUCCUUUUAAAAGUCUAUAUAUCAUCUGCAAGAAGUCUUACAAGGGAGAACUACUUGUCCUCUUACUUCUCUGAAACAAAGGGGCAAUGGCUUUCCGUAGGAUGCUCUUGCAAGUGACAUGUACUGUUGUUGUGAUGUUAUCAGAAAUUGCAGCUGUAGCUGUAGCACGUCAAUUAGCCAAGCCAAACUGCCAGCACCAGUGUGGAGAUGUCGAGAUUCCUUAUCCAUUCGGUACAACGGAAGAUUGCUACCUUAACAACCAUUAUUUUAUCAAUUGUAGCGAUUCGUCCGGCCGAUCCCAAGCACUGGCCGGAAGUUUGACUGCCACCAACAUAUCCAUCGACGGCGAGAUUGAAAUCUUGAUGUUUAUAGGCAAACAGUGUUUCAACAGUAGUGGUGCGCUUUGGUUUCGGAACAAACCCUGGAUCAACUACCCGUAUUUCACAAUUUCCAACACCAAAAACAAGUUCGUGACCGUCGGCUGCGACACUUACGCGUACCUCUAUGCUUUCCGAAACAAUGAACGCUUCACCAUAGGCUGCAUGUCUAUAUGUCAAAGUCCCAAGAAUGUCGUCAAUGGAUCUUGCUCUGGGAUUGGGUGUUGCCAGGUUGACAUCCCAACAGGAUUGAAGGACUUUACUUUGGAUGCUCGUAGCUAUAACAAUCAUACAAAUGUCUCUGAUUUCAAUCCAUGCAGCUUUGGUUUUGUGGCUAAACAGGACGAGUUUAAUUUCUCCACUAGCUAUCUUGAUAGCCUGCAAGAGAAUGAGACCUAUCCGAUGGUUCUUGAUUGGGCAAUCGGUAAUGAAAAGUGUGAAACUGCUCGGAACAAACCAGAUUUCGUAUGUGGAGGGAACAGCGAAUGUUAUGAUCCCAAGAAUGGGGAUGGGUACCGUUGCAAGUGCAAAGAAGGUUAUGAAGGAAACCCAUACCUCCAUGAUGGUUGCCAAGAUAUUAAUGAGUGCCAAGUUCGGAAACGAGCUUGCAAAGCUCCCGCGAAAUGCACCAACAUUGAAGGGAGUUUCACAUGUACUUGUCCCGACGGAUACGAAGGCGAUGGAAAUAUUAACGGAACAGGUUGCAAUCCUAAAGCCAGCGGCAGCCAUGCGAAGAUCAUUAUUAUUGCACUAAUUGCUAUAAGCAUUGGCCUCAUAGUAUUGUUUGUGGGAGGUUCUUCACUAUAUUGUGGACUAAAAAGAAGAAAACUCUUCAAGCUGAAAGAGAAAUUCUUUCAACAAAAUGGCGGCUUGUUUCUACAACAAAAACUCUCGAAUGAUAGAACUUCCAUGCAGACAGUCAAAAUCUUUAAAGCAGAAGAACUUGAAAAAGCUACAAACAAUUAUGAUGAGAGUAGAGUCCUUGGCCAAGGAAGCUAUGGAACUGUCUAUAGAGGAGUCUUACCAGAUAAUAAACUGGUCGCCAUUAAGAAAUCAAAAUUUUGUGAUCAGAGCCAAAUUGAACAAUUUAUUAAUGAGGUGAUUGUGCUUACCCAAAUUAACCAUAGAAAUGUGGUUAAACUAUUAGGUUGUUGUCUAGAAACAGAAGUGCCAUUACUAGUUUAUGAAUUCAUCACAAAUGGGACUCUAUCGAAACACAUUCAUGAUAAAGUCCUAUCAUCCUCACUCUCAUGGGAAAAGCGUUUGAAGAUAGCAACAGAUACUGCAGGGGCACUUGCAUACAUGCAUUUCUCAGCUUCCAUACCAAUUAUACAUAGGGAUGUGAAACCUGCCAAUAUACUUUUAGAUGAUAAUUAUUCAGCAAAGGUUUCCGACUUUGGAACUUCAAGAUUGGUCCCACUUGAUCAAACACAAUUAACUACUUUGGUACAAGGAACUUUGGGGUACUUAGACCCAGAAUACUUUCAUAGUAGUCAACUUACAGAAAAAAGUGAUGUCUACAGCUUUGGUGUUGUUGUGGCUGAGUUAUUGACGGGUAAGAAAGCACUUUCUUUUGAUGGACCUGAAAUUGAUAGAAAUCUAGCUAUGUACUUUAGUUCUGCGGUAAAAGAGGAUCGCUUACAUCAAAUUCUUGAGGUCCAUCUUGUAAGUGAUGGUAAUAUUAAUUAUGGGAUAGAUGAAGUUGCCAAUCUUGUAAAACGGUGCUUAAGUGUUAGAGGGGAAGAUAGGCCUACAAUGAAGGAAGUGGCAAUGGAGCUAGACAGGUUGAGAAGUAUGGAAAAACAUCAAUUCGGAAAAGCAAAUCUCUGUACAGAAGAGACUGACUAUUGUGUCACAACACCCGCAGUACACUGUUUCAACAUUGGUGUCGAUGAUGGAUGUUCUUCUACCAGUACAACGGUUGGAUACGAGGUCAGUAUGAGAACUCAAGUCUUGAAACCAUUGGAUGAUGGCAGAUGAUCGUGAGUUAGUCCCGGUCAAUAUAUAUAUAUUUUCAUGUGUUAUAUCUCAAUCUUCAUGCUGCCUUCCUUUUCUUUUCUGUCACUAGGCUUCAAUAUUUCUAUUAGAUAUUGUUCCUUUGUUUAAAAUGAUGUCGUGAUGUUAUCUUUCAUUUUAUUUUUUCUCAGAUAUUUGUGUGUGUGUGUGUGUAUAUAUAUAUAUAUAUAUAUAUAACCAUGUGCUUUAUGUUAUGUUAUUUUAUCACAUAUUAUAACUAGCUAGUUUUCUU